AUGUCCACUGAACAUCAACCGCAAUUGAAGAUUCCGCUAAUUGAUCUAUCAGACGGAUUUAGGUUCCCGUUAGGCUGUGAAGAUAUAAUACUUUGCAAAAACAAUAUUUACUUGUGUAUACAAAAGAAUCAAGUUACCAUCUUCAGGGGCUUUCUUAUCAACAAGGUUUUGCUGUUUGAUGAAGAGAUUAUACAUGCUUGCGUUGCCACUUUCAAGAUAAAAGAUGAGGCAACAGAUAUUAUGGCGCUUUGUUUCCGUCAACAUAUCAACUUUUACUAUCCUCAUGGGAAGCUAUAUACGUUGCACCUCCCAUUCGAUAUCGUAUUAGCGAGAGAGUAUGAGAAGGGGUUGAUCCUACAAACGAGGACGGAAAUAUAUCUUGUCAAUAAAAACUUUGACUUGAAAUUUGUCGAUAAAGAUACAAAUAGUGCAUUCUCAAAUCACGAACACAUUUGCACUUAUAAUCAGCGAGAUAAAGGUGUUUCCUUAUGUACUACAAUGACUGAUGGUGCAAUUAAUGUAUACCAUGUUAAAAACUCGUCUCGAAGUAUGAAAUUCAAGUCCAAGUCAUUAAACAAGAUGCAAAAGAAGAAACAUUACGCCAUGUCUGGUAAUACCUCUUCAAUCAGUAAACAGUCAGAGCAGAAAAUGAGUCUGUUUUUCAUUCCGGAACACCGUACCAGUACUUUACUUUCAGAGGCAAGGGUUUCAAAUCAGGAUAGCUCACCUGUAUCUAGUUUGCAAAAGGAUGUAAUUUUAUCCAAGAUUGAGACUAUUGAAAAAAAGUUGAACAAAAAUCAUGUUCGAGUAUUCAGUAUCAGCUUUGAAGACCAACAGGGUGUUGUAAUUGUAAACAAAUUGAGACAGGAGCUUUAUGUUUACAAGUACAGCUCAUAUUCAAAGUACCAGUCGGUCUACAAGUGUCCUUGUCUUGACACUAUUCCAAUGCACUCUAACUUUGAAGGAUGUUUGGCGGUCUUGGAUGACACUGAUUUGUCAAUUGUCAAUCCCUUUUUGGAUUUGCGUGCAAGUUGCAAUUUGACGAUUCCUAUCAAUACAUUGAUUAGCUCCUACGAUGGUAAAAUUGCAUUCAAAAGCAAUGACGAAUCUAUUCACAUUGCCAAGUUGAUAUUGGAACCUGCAUCACAAUUGGUUUCUUCUUGUUUGAAUUGUUUUAGAUAUUUAUCUGGCUCUACCGUUAUUCAAAAAAUUUGGAUGCUUUGGAGGUCAGCUUACAAUACAUGCGGUGAUGAAUGGGACGCCUUGGUGAUUGCAUUGCUUUCACUAUUUUUUCCAUUCGAGGAUAAAGUUCCAUGUGUAGAAAACGAAAUAACCAGAAAAUUGCCACAAGCUAGACUACUUCAAGGGAGUUCCUGUUUCAAUUAUGACUUGAGUGAUCUCAUACCUUAUAUUGUGUUAUCUUUGCAUCUUCUAAGGGAAGAAUACCGACUAGAUGUUUUGAAAAAGGAUUACUUAACAAAGCUAGGUUCACUUUUAAGUCAAUUAACUGCAUGGAUGGGGUGGGCUGAAUCUUGGCCUAAUUAUUAUUCAAGCCUGCUAAAUAUUGAUAAAUCCACGAGAUUUCUUUCGAUUCAAAUAUUGCAAACUCCGCCGAACCUCCUUGAAUCUUUGGCUAGUCUUUUCACCAACACUAUAGUUCCCUUCUUGUCAUUUUCCCAGUUGGUGGAGGAAAGUGAUUCUAUUGAUGCCAUAGUUACUCCUCAAACACAUAACGUUUUAAAAAUUUUUGAAAUCCUUGUAUCCUCACAGUAUGGGCCAUCUAAUCUUGUUGACAUGAUGAAUGAUUUGGGUGUUACUUCCUUGGAUACUUUCCCCUUGGGUGUUUCUUUUCCAUUGAAAGAAGCUUUACUGGUUGCACAAGAGAAUCCUAAUUUUGAAUGGUCAUUGGGCUCUUUGGAACUUAUUGGCCGUGAGGAUUUGAGCAAAUUGUUGUCAUCAACAUCAGCAUCAGCAUCAUUUGCAUCAUCUUUCAAAAAUGACUUCACGGAAGAAGUGAGAAAAGAAAAGAAACAAGAGGAAGAUAUUGAGUCUUUGACUACACAAAUAAUGGCUUCAAAUGAAGUAAUUACGUCUUGGGAUGAUCAGUCUGAAGCCAGAAGACUUGGCAUAACUAAAUUAAUUUUUGAUUAUGACAGAAGAUAUUACGAGGUUACUACGUUAUUGCACCAAACGAAAACUCAAACGGCUUAUUUGAAAGUAGAUGAUAAUGUGAGCGAGUAUGAUCUUGUAUUAUUACAGAGAAGUUUAGCCAUUGUGGUUGCAUUAAGAACAUUAACAAUACCACUAGGCCGAGCGGCUUUAUUCUAUGAUGGUCGUAAACCAAUACUUACCGAGAAGUUCCCCAUCCCAAAAUUUAAUCUCAAUACAUUGAUAUCGCCAACAAUGACUAAUAUAAUACACUCUGAGGAGAACAUUUCUGCUGAGCUAUCUGCAUGGGGUUAUUUCCAUAAUGGGGCUUCAUCCGGUUUAAGCAUAUCGAAGGAUUCUAAGGGAAUUUCUGGGAGCUGGAUAAUUUUCAAUAAACCACCUGACUUGAAUGCUCAACAUGCUGGGUUUCUAUUAGGAUUGGGAUUAAAUGGCCAUUUAAAGAAUCUUGAGGAAUGGCAUAUAUAUAAUUAUCUUGGACCUAAACAUCCUUUGACCAGUGUUGGGUUGUUGAUUGGAAUGGCAGCUAGUUUGCGCGGUAGUAUGGAUAACAAAUUGACAAAAGUUCUUUCAGUACAUGCAGUGGCACUACUACCCAGGGGUGCAAACGAUUUGAAUGUUCCUACAAUGGUGCAAACUGCAGGGUUAAUUGGAAUUGGUUUGUUGUAUUCAGAAACUCAGCAUAGAAGAAUGAGUGAGAUAUUGCUACUGCAGAUUGCUGGUACUGUUCAGCAAAAUGAUAUUGUUCAAGUCCAUGAAGGUUAUAGAUUGGCUUCGGGAAUAGCUUUGGGGUAUGUGAAUUUAGGUAAAGGGGACGAUUUGAGAGGAUUAAACGAUACGCAUGUUGUUGAUAAAUUGUUAUCAUUUGCUGUAUCUACCAAGAAUUCGCAGCCCGGUCAAGAAUUGAGCAAAUCUUGUUGUGGCGCCAUCAUGGCAUUAUGCAUGAUUUAUUUGAAAACAGAGAAUGCAAAUGUAGCUAACAAGUUAAAAGUUCCGGACUCAGAGCAAUUGUUGGACUACGUGAGACCUGACUUGUUGUUUUUGAGAUGCUUUGCUGUGAACAUGAUUAUGUGGAGUAAAAUCAAAUCAACACGGAGUUGGGUAGAAUCACAGAUGCCCAAGUUUGUACUUGAUGAGUUCAAUAAGGUGGGUGGAUUCCACCGCAUGGACAGUGACUCAUUGAUGUAUUUCAACAUUUUAGGAGGAUCAUGUUUAUCCAUGGCACUCAAGUAUGCAUCGUCAUAUAAUAUAGAAGCUAGAAAUACGAUAUUAUAUUAUCUUGAUAAACUAAUGAAAUUAACGAGCAAGUCUGCGGUAAAUUAUGAUCAAAAGUUGACCUAUAACACGGCUAUUACUAUACAAAAUGUCCUUGCGUUAUGUGCUGCAGUGAUAAUGGCUGCAAGUGGUGAUUUAGAGGUAUUUAGAAGACUUCGUGUUUUGCACAAUGACACAAAUAGAAUACUAGGAUUUGGUGGAUAUAUGGCUAUCAAUACUGCAUUGGGUUUUUUGUUUCUUGGGGGAGGACAAAUGGCAUUUGACAAUGAUUCGUUAUUUGGAAUAGCCAGUUUGAUUACUAGCUUGUAUCCCAUUUACCCUAAAGAGAAUAGUGAAUAUGAAGUACAUUUGCAAGCGUUGAGGCAUUUUUGGGCUUUGGCUGUUGUUCCCAGAUGUUUGAUAAUAAGAGAUGUCAAGACUAAAGAAGCUUGUAAAAUACCGAUUUUGAUCAAGAUGAAGAACGGGGAAUUGAUGAACAAAGUAUCACCAUGCUUGAUACCCAAUUUGAAGGAAAUAUCACAAAUUCAAACCAAAUCAGCAAACCACUUUGAUGUGAUUAUCGACUUUGAAUUGAAAUCUGAAAUAUUGGAAAACUUUGAAAAGUCAUUGACCAUUUAUGUUUAUAAGAAACAGAAUUAUCAGUUAUUGAAACCUAGUGUUCGAUCGAUGUUACAGAAUAAGAGCAAAGAACAAGAUAAUACACCCAUUAGUUCAUUAUUAAAUAAUUGUGAAGUUUUCCAGGAAUUGGAAAAAAAUAGUAAGCUUAUAUGGCAAAAUGAGUUCAGUACAAGAUUAUUAUCAUCGACAAAUUUAAAGUCUAGCGGAUUAUCGAUAUAUGAUAUAAUUGAAAACAAAUUGGAAUUGAUGAAAUAUGCCAAGCUGGCUUCAUCAAUUGAAGAUAUUUGGAAUUUGAAGCUUGUGUUUGAAUUUACGAAUAGAAUGAAAAGAGACUAUCUACAUUAUAUCCAGCUUGAUUUUAUACAUGAAUUGAAACAAAUAUUGUGCAACAAAUAUUUUGCAAAAGAUGAUCAAACCCGUGUGUAA